AUGAGCAUUCUAGAGUGGUGAGGAGUGGUUUCAUGUAUAUUUAUGAGUAUCAAUUAAGCAGCCAGAAGCAUUGUACUUUCUUUAUUGCUUAAGGGAUUGUGUUAAGUUUUUUAUUUACUUUUAUUUCCCUUUUCAAUAGAAUAGCAUAGAAUAGUAUAGAAUAGUAUAGAUGGCUCCAGUGCGCUCAUGUCCAAUAUGCUAUAAGGUUGUGAUUGGCUUCAGUCAGCACCUUAGGUAUGUACACCUUGUGAGGAACAGUGAGGAAAGGGUACUCCUUUGUAGGUGGCAGUCGGGCCGCAUCAAUGUCAGGCAGGAGCCGUGUCCAGUGUCAGGAUGCUCCACACAUCUUAGCAGACUAGACCGGCAUAUAGACUCCCACUCAGAGCUCAACAGAGCACAGAGGAGACAGGUUUUAGAGGACCUUAGGAGACGGCUGACGAUGGAGAGGCUGGCGGUGUUGAGGGCAUCGACCCCUGCCAUCCCAAUGGCGACAGAUUUAGAUAUUGUGGAGACUGUAAGGAAAGAAGCGGAGGAGGAGGAAAUGUUAUGUUCACCUACAGAAGCAGAGGAGGAAGUGGACUGCAAAGAGGAUUCCUGCCACUGCCAUGCACCAAUCCUGCGACUGAAAAAAGCUGUGCAAGAGAGGGAUGAGGCACUGCAUACAAGAAGUGAGACCAACAAAUCCAUUAAAGAGGACAACCUGAAGUUGAUCUCUGAUCUGCAAAGGGUGAGGAAGAAGUACCAGCUGCUGAAAAGGCAGAUGGGGAUUGGCAUGGUGAAGGCCCUCAACUUUCAGGCAGAGUCAGACACAGACACAAAGCAAGAGGAGCAGGACCAAGCUACAGGUUCAGGGGACCAGAGAGAGGAGCCUACAGUGUCCGGAUCUAGCUGCAAACUGAUCUUCCCGGGUUCUGCUAUGAGUGUGUUUAUCGAGGGAUUCAGGAAGACCUGUGAGGGCCCUAAUCCAAAUUAUAAGCUGAGUGAAAAUUGUGCCUCAAAGGUCAAGAGGGUGACACAAUUUUUAAACUACAUGGCGAAGAAUGAGACCUACCAGUCCUCUCUCAUUUUCCUGACAGACCAUGACAAAAUAAGGAAAUGGGUUCAAUUCCUACAGAAGAACAAGGCAAUCACCACAGUCAACCACUACACCUUGACUAUUGGUGCAUUUCUUAAAUAUUCUGAGGAGACCCCUCCACCUGGCUGCCGGUUGACCGUGAACCAAUGGAGGGGGAUCAACCGGUUGAUGAAGGGCAUUAGCAAGUCCAUGAGACGACCAGUUUCCCUUCACCAGGUAAAGGUGAAGGACAACAAGGAAGGCAAGGUUGUGUCCAAAAAGAGCCUGCUGGAGUGCCAGUCUCUUGCCAAGGCAAAAAUCCCUCAAGUGCUGAAAACAUUGGAGGAAACAAGGACACAGAGGAAUCAGUACCGGUUUUAUGGGUACCUGUGUGCCUACUUUACAUCCAUAUACGGCCACAGACCAGGCCUAUAUAAAAACAUGUUGGUGAAAGAGGUGGAGGAGGCAAAAUGUGACCAGUCUGGGGUGUAUCUGAUCAAUAUGAAGAACCUGCCUGCCAACCUGAGGGAGGUGUGGAAGGAGAUGGGUCUCCGAAUGUCCUUCAGUUCACUGACCUGA